AUGUCUACUAUGCCCCACUCAAUGCCCUCAAAUUCUGGUAUACCCACGAAGGCUGAGACUCUACUUCGUGAAGUAUAUCUCUCAACAAGGGCCGCACAAUCAGUCGAUUCUAUAUCUUCCACAGCCACUGCAGACUCCCUUGAUGGGGCUGGCCGAACACUAGGGAAGCUUUAUACGUAUCUUGGGAGACGGCUUGAGAAUGCUUUAAAUAAAUGCAUGGCUCGAAUUGGUUGUGGACCAGAAGCAUGUAAACGGCGGCUCAUGAAGAAGAGGAGCACAUGUAUGCAUUGCGAUUGGUUCUCUUCGAAUCUGGUGGGGUACAUCCCGUUUCCGAAUUCUGCUGAGGACAGACGCUGUCGAAAGGAAGUACGGAAACUUAUCAAAUACACAAGCUCUAACAUAACGACAAACCAGUAUCAAGCAUAUGAUGCUAUUAUCGAGCUUUCCAUUCACGACACGUAUCUUCGACAACUGCUCGUCACCAUCGGUGCUCCGAAGGCCGUUGCCCUACAGACAAUCCGGUUGCAAGAAGAGCCCGAUAGAGAGCUCGACCAUCUCCUCGCGUCGGCCCAAAGAGCACUUAUUUGCUUACUGGAGGUCGACAUAAACUGUGCAGGACAAAAGACAGGAUUAUUGUACAAGUCGAUUUGGAUCCACUCACGGACUUCGGGGGGCGAAGCCAAGGAAUUACAAUGGCGCGAUUUAUCAGCGUUUCUGGAUACUGUCACAGAUCUUAUACAAUACAGCAUCCAAUCCCCGGCAAGUUCCUUCCUCGCUCUCAGACAUCUCGGUCGAGCACCCCUCUUCUCCGGGUUCGAAUCCCUAUUCGAAAAGGACGAAUACCCUUACGAGCUCAGGGAGAAAUACAACAGCGUUCCCGUUUCCCUGGCGAAUGCGUUCCUUUAUCUACUCGACAACGUUGCUCCCCACUUGACCGACUGGCAGAGCUUCGGCUGGCUUCUUUGGGUAUUUGCACUCUAUUCACGAGGAAUUGAAGAGCGCAUGCAGCUUGCAAGGAAAAUUGCAUACCGAUCAUGGCAGUAUCUGCCUCCACAUGUCAAGAGGAACUUGGCGGAUUUGGGGCCUUGCAAACGAUGA